UUGAUGAGUUUCCGUUGCGGGAACAGAAGAGUUUAUUAGACACGAGCAACGACGAAUAUAUUUCGCGAUAUGGGGAGUGUAUCUGGUAGAAUUUAAUCUAAAAUGUUAUAUAAUUUAUCUGCAAGGAAGUAAGCAUUUAAACGAGCUAGUUUCGCGGGUUAUAAAUCUGCAGCAUUUACAGUAGUUUGAUCGGCGUAUUUUUAACAUUACUCAAAAUGAAUGAAUGACAUAGUUACCAGAACCAUAGACAAGAGGUAAAUGAACUCGUUCCCAGGUUAAGAGUAUCUGACGGCAUUUAAAUCGAGUGAAAAUGUGCGAUGAGUCAAAGUCAGUGAAUCGGGAGGUGAAUGAUAAUGAAUAUUUCUCCAAAACAUCCGUGAAUGAUGCUGAUGUGUAUAUUGAACAUCACACCGCGCCACCGGUAACGCGUUUAUAUAAGAAGAGAUGGAUCAUAGUAUGUUUAUUCAGCUCAUAUUCUCUGUGUAACUCCUAUCAGUGGAUUCAAUACGGGAUCAUUAACAAUAUUUUCAUGCGCUUUUACAGUGUGAACUCUUUCACCAUUGACUGGAUGUCCAUGAUUUACAUGUUAACGUAUAUUCCGCUCAUUUUCCCCGUCUCGUGGCUCUUGGAUAAAAAAGGUCUACGGGUCAUCGCGCUCGUCGCCGCGGGUCUGAACUGCGCGGGCACGUGGAUCAAGGUAGCCAGUGCGAGACCGGACCUGUUUCCCGUGACAUUUCUGGGUCAGUUCAUUUGCUCCGUUGCCCAGGUGUUCAUCCUCGGGAUGCCCUCGCGCAUCGCGUCGGUGUGGUUCGGUUCGGAUGAGGUGUCCACCGCGUGUUCCAUCGGGGUCUUCGGAAAUCAGUUAGGGAUCGCCAUUGGCUUUCUCGUCCCACCAAUCCUUGUUCCAAAUGUGGAUGAUCUGGACGAGUUGGCAGGUCACAUCAGAGUCAUGUUCUACAUCACAGCGGGUGUGGCUACCUUCCUAUUUGUCUUGGUUGUCAUUGUGUUUCAAGAGCGUCCAGAUGACCCUCCCACUCAUGCUCAGGCUGCUGCUCGUCAGAUCUCUCCGGAAAGUUACUCCUACACAGCCUCCAUCCUCAGAUUGCUCCGCAACAAGGCUUUCAUCCUCCUCGUCAUCACUUAUGGACUGAAUGUUGGUUGUUUCUAUGCUGUCGGUACACUUCUUAACCAAAUGAUCGUCGAACACUAUCCCGGAGAGGAGGUGAACGCUGGCAGGAUUGGCCUCACCAUCGUGAUCGCUGGCAUGGUGGGUUCCCUCAUCUGUGGAAUCUGGUUAGACCGAUCCAAAACAUACAAACAGACAACUCUAGCCGUGUAUCUCAUGUCCUGUCUGGGUCUGUUGCUUUAUGCUUUUACUUUGGAUCUGGGGCAUCUGUGGGUGGUUUUCAUCACAGCAGGAACCCUGGGAUUCUUCAUGACCGGUUAUCUGCCUCUCGGCUUUGAGUUUGCUGUGGAACUCACUUACCCAGAGUCUGAGGGAACAUCAUCAGGUCUUUUGAACUGUUCUGCACAGGUAUUUGGGAUCAUAUUCACCAUCUGUCAGGGGAAAAUUAUGGACUCGUUUAACACUCUGGCUGGAAAUCUGUUUCUGUGUGUCUUCCUUUUGAUAGGAACCGUCAUAACAGGCUGUAUUAAGUCAGAUCUGCGCAGACAGUUGGCAAACCAGCAAGCACUGACAGCUGCAACAUUGGGCAGGUCAGAUGUUCAGGAUCACAGUGGCACUUCUCUCCUCUCGCCCUCCCCACACAUAUGAUCAAUCAAUCACUACUUGAUUUUAUCACUAACUGGCGGUUCAGGACCCUUUGGAGAGAUCAACUGCAAAACCUUCUGUUAUAGCUGAAGCCAAACUCUAACACGCGCACACCUUACUGGCAGAUAAUAUGAAUUCCGAAUGGAUUGUAUUUAGCAUUUCAUUUUCUUUUUACCGUUUUUGUGUGUGUGUGUGUGUGUGUGUGUGUGUGUGUGUGUGUGUGUGUGUGUGUGUGUGUGUGUGUGUGUGUGUGUGUGUGUGUGUGUGUGUGUGUGUGUGUGUGUGUGUGUGUGUGUGUGUGUGUGUGUGUGUGUGUGUGUGUGUGUGUGUGUGUGUAUUGUUACUGUGUUGAACAAACCAGGGAUUGCCUCCUUAAUGUAAACAGAACUUGUUUCUUCAAAAAAAAAAGUGUUUGUACAACAUUUUUCUAAUUUAAUCUGAUCUAGAAUAAUCUUCUCAGGAUAUAUCUCAUUUUUAACUAUCAAUUGAUGAUUUAAAUUAAUUAUGGUAAUGUUCUUUUUAAUCACAAAACGUUUUUACAGAUAGUUUCAAAAACAAAUUCUCAGAUGAAACGUAUAAGAACCACACAUAAUGUGUAUCAGUAUUGUGCACAGUUGAUUAUGCUGUAUUGGUUUCCAUCUUUGCAGUAAUAUAAAUUAAUUAAACAUUUUUCUAUUCUCGUUUUGUAUUUCAACCCAACUUUAAAGUCUAAAGAUUUUAUUUGGAAUUAAUAAUAGUAUUUGGUGUUUGUUUGUUUUAGUUUUUUUUUUUUUUAUCACAUCUUAGCACCCUGCGAUGGACUGGCGACCUGUCCAGGGUGUCCCCCGCCUUUCGCCCAUUGUUAGCUGGGAUAGGCUCCAGCCCCCCGCGACCCUGUACACAGGAUAAGCGGUUGACGAUGGAUGGAUGGAUGGACAUCUUAGCAUUUUUCACUUAUCAAUUUAGUUUUUUCUGUAGUAAAAUGUUUUUAUAGCUUUCUCUGUAUAAAAUUACUGCCCUGUUUAUGCCUAACACUGAAUGAUUGUACACUCAAUAGUCAUUACCCUUACUUAAUUGAAUUUGAGAGUUUUUUUUGCAAACAAUUUUAUUUCAUUCACUCAGAUUGUCAUUUUC